AUGGGAGAAGCCGGCGCGGCACCCCUGCGGAGCCCCAAGGCGAGGGGCGCAUCUCCCCGGGUGGGGCUCUCCCGGCACCUCAAGAGGCAUCCAGGACUUAUCCCCCUCAUUGGUUUCAUCGGGCUCGGGAUGGGGAGCGCUGCCCUUUACCUGUUGAGGCUGGCCUUCUUCAGUCCGGACGUGAGCUGGGACAAGAAAAAUAAUCCAGAACCAUGGAACAAUCUCAGCCCCAACGACCAGUACAAGUUCAUGGCCGUCUCCACAGACUACAAGUCCCUGAAGAAGGAUCGCCCAGAUUUCUGAGUGCGCCUCCACGGAGUCAGGUUUCC